CGCCAACAGAUUUGAAUUUUCAGUUUAUAUUUCUGUGUGUUGUUAGACGGUUGACAAAAUGUAAGUUAAGAAAUUUAUUUAUUUUAUUGUUACGAAGUAAUUAACUUUAUUUUUGUAGGGGAAAACAUAAGAACAGAACGCAAAAUACGAUUAUAAUUGAAUUUAUGGAAAAAAAUCCUGAUAUCUUAAGAGGAUUUACGAAACGUAAUAAGCCGACGAUAGAUUCGUUAUGGCAGGCAUUAACUGAAUCCCUUAAUGCUGCAGGUCCUCCACACAAAGACGUAAACGGGUGGAAAAAGGUUAUAACUGAGUGGAAAAGCGAAAUCAAAAGGAAAUUAGCUCACAACAAAAUUGAGAGUCGAGCAACAGGAGGUGGCCCAUUUUCAAAAUAUCAGCUCACUCCAAACGAAGAAACCAUUGUGCGUCUUUGUGGCAUUUCGCAAACUAUAGAAGGCAUAUUAGGCGUUUCUCUUGGUACCCAACCCGUUAAUGAGAAUUUAAAUAUACCAAUUGCAGGGGUGAAUGUAGAUUUGUCUUCCUCAUCGCCAGAUGAACAAAAUAUAAACUUGAGUUGUAAUGCAUCCAAUAGACAAAAAGAUACCGACGAUAUACCCUCCACGUCACAAAGGCAACACGAAAUAAAUGCUAGUGUACCUAAAAGGCAAAAAUUAGAAAGUACAGCAGAUCGCUUAAAAAGAUUUUUGGAUGAGGAAGAUAAAAAAAAUGGAGAUAUAUUGAAAAAAUUUGAUCAAAUAAUAGAACUGCAAUCUAAAAAUGCUAGCAGCUUGAGGCGUAUAUACCAAGCAAUAGAGAGUAAUAAUAAAACUGUUGGAAGAGCUAUUACUGAAUUGAAAGAUGAGUUUGUAAGUAUAAGUACUCAAUUACUUAAAGCUAUUGUGGAAAAAAAUGAGAUUAAAAAAGAACAACUAAAUCUCGAAGUUCUCAAGUUUGAAUACAAAAGACAACGAAAUAACGAAAAAAAAGAUUAA